CUUAUCGUGAAAAAAAAAAUAUAUAUUAUUAUGUCAUCACACUUUCCGAUGACAACAUGAUCACCCUACAACACAUAUGGACUUCGUGUGUAUGUGUCCUUGACUAUCCCCAACCUCAGAAUUCUGUGCUCCCAAAUAGUAUAUCACCGAGAUAAGCUCAAUCGCCAUCGCAAUUCCUUUUAAUUACCGGAAGAACACUGGAAAUUCUAUCAGUAUGGCCAUGCGGGAGCUGGUGAGCGGUGGCGCCGCUUGCGCGGUGCCGGGUUCCUCUUCUUCUUCUAACCCUCUCGGUGCUCUCGCCAACGCCCUUAUUGGCUCAUCUUCAAAAACUCAGGAAAGGCUUCGAGAGAUACCUACUGCAACCACUACGGUAUCAGAUGGCAAUGUAUAUGCAGGGGUUGAAGAACCCUUUUCAGUAGCCCUUCCAGGAUCAGAGAUGCAGCAUGCACUACAUCCUAAUACCCAGGGCUCUGAAUUCCUUCAAGGCUUUCGCUCUGCAGAUCAAAGUAGGUUUUCUGAUGCUUGGGAUGAGAUUCAGAGAGCUCCACCUGGUCCAACGUACUUUCCUUUAGAGAAACCUCGGCUUCCGCAAGAUUUUGAUGGUCAAGAUGUAGGAAAGGCUGAAGGAGAAUCGAUGGUGCCAGGAUUGAUGGAGAAGACUGGACAAGCAAGGUGUCGGGCGCAGGGCCACCACAAAGAGUAUUGUCAAACUUCUUGCACUCAUUUCUUCAUAGCAAUCAUGGUUAAUGCCCUCUUGUCGUCUUUAGAUAUCGACAAUGAUAUCCGGGCUAGAGGUCCAAUUCCUGGUCGGUAUCCAGAGUUAGAGGAGUAUUGGAAUGAGUCCCAAGGUAUGAAACCUGGGAUGCCUGGUGCAGAUGGGUGGGUUUCUGAAUUCAUGCAACAUCAAGUACCUCAUGAUGAUCCAAAUAUGUGGGUUCAGUCAUUUGAACGACAACAUGGUUCGAAUGGUUGGGCAUCUGAGUUUGAGCAUGAACAGUCCCAACUUGCUUCAAUUGAUCAAAUGAGAGGUUCAAAUACUGCUAACUUAGCUGCCAUGGAGCAGACACGUGCAUUAGCACACACACUUGCUCAAAAUAAUGAUCCAAAGUUUCAGAAUUCAAAGUUCCUCCAGUUUGUAUCGAAAAUGAGCCGUGGUGAACUCACCAUCGAGGAUAAUCAAUUCAAGCCAGCAACAUUUUCUUCACCUGGAGACUGGGCAACAGAAUACGAGCAGCAAUACAGUGGAGGGCAAUCAUGGCUGUCACAUGGACCUCAUGGCUGGGCAAAUGAGUUUGCUGCUGAGCAAAAGCAACAUGGAGAGGAUGAGUGGGUCAAUGAAUUUUCCAAAUUAAAUGUCAAUGGCUGGUCAGAAGAAUUUGAGCGCCAAGUUGCUGAUGGAACUUUUGGCGAUGGUUCUGCUGAUAAUUGGGCAAAUGCAUAUGAUGAUUUGCUGUUUAAAAACAUGAACCAAAUUAUCUGGAAUCAAAGAUUAGAUGCAAUCCUUAAUGGAAUGUCUUCAGUGAGAAUCGUUGUUGGAGCAGGUAGCAAAAUUAGGUUCCUAGAGGAUAUAGGUCACUGGGACUGGCGUUUUGCACUAUUGUUUCAGUACCUUAAUGAGCAAGCAGCACUAAAGCAGAAGUCAGGAACAUCACGGGGCGUGUAUGUGUUCUCUGAUAUGAAUCCAUAUGUUGGCCAUCCUAAUCCUUUAAAGGAAGGGCAUGAACUUUUCCGCAAGGGGCUUUUAAGUGAAGCAGUUCUUGCAUUGGAAGCCGAGGUUCUAAAGAAUCCCGACAACGCUGAAGGUUGGAGGUUACUUGGUGUAGCUCAUGCAGAAAAUGAUGAUGAUCAACAGGCAAUUGCAGCCAUGAUGCGUGCUCAAGAAGUUGAUCCAACGAACCUGGAAGUUCUUCUGGCUCUUGGUGUGAGCCAUACAAAUGAAUUGGAACAAGCGGCUGCCCUGAAGUACUUGUACAGCUGGCUACGCCAUCAUCCCAAGUAUGGAGCUAUUGCCUCCCCAGAUCAGCCUGAGAAUCUGUACUAUGCUGAUGUGGCUAGGUUGUUUAGUGAUGCAGCGAAACUGUCCCCUGAUGAUGCUGAUGUACACAUUGUUCUUGGAGUGCUGUACAAUUUAUCCAGAGAAUAUGACAAAGCCAUUGAUGCCUUUCAGACAGCUUUGAAACUUAAACCCCGUGAUUACUCUCUUUGGAAUAAGCUUGGUGCAACACAAGCUAAUAGUGUCCAGAGUUCUGAUGCAAUUUUGGCUUAUCAACAGGCUCUAGAUUUGAAGCCUAAUUACGUGCGGGCAUGGGCGAACAUGGGUAUCAGUUAUGCCAAUCAGGGCAUGUAUGAAGAUUCCAUUCGUUACUAUGUCCGGGCAUUAGCAAUGAACCCCAAGGCAGACAAUGCCUGGCAGUAUUUGAGAAUCUCAUUGAGCUGUGCAUCACGGAAUGACAUGCUGGAAGCAUGCGACUCGAGGAAUCUUGAUAUUCUGCAAAAAGAAUUUCCCCUAUGAAUGAUAUGGCUGUUGCUCUUAUUUAUCCUCCCCAUGGCAUAUCUUUACAUCAUUCUCCUGCUAGACAAUCAGCUUCGACUCAGCAAAAGAGAUGGAAUUGGAUCAAACAGUAUAGAUGAUAUUCACAUAAAUUAUGCCUUGGACUAAUCAAUUGAGUAAUCAGGGGUAGUAUAGCUUUUUCAGAAUUUGAAGCAUGGUUAGUAUGUUAUAGGGACUCUGAUCGAUAUGAUAAGGGAAAAGGAAUCAAACUGCUCAUACGAAUCAUUGAUUAUUUGAAAUAAAUAAUAAUUAUAAAUUUGAGAUUUCGAGCAUUUAGUCUCAUUGUACAUAUUUCAGUUCUGUUGUGGCCUGCAAACGGUAUUAGACUAGUGUGCAGAUUUCAACUGUUGCAAUGGGUGCCCAAGUGUGUUUGUGUCUAUUUUGUAUCGACAUGGUAUUUCGUGGUCUUGCUUGAUUUGAGCUAGAAACUAAAUGCAACAAUGUUGUUUUGCCUUGAUUACUUUUAGUUGAAUGGGUUUGUGUUAACAUUGCUCAAUCGAGGUUCAAGUUGCAUAUCCG